GGUGUGACCUUUGAGGACAUUGCCAUCUACUUCUCCUGGAAGGAAUGGAGACUUCUUGAUGAGGCUCAGAGACGGCUGUACUAUGACGUGAUGCUGGAGAACUUUACACUUAUAUCCUCCCUGGGAUACUUUCAAUUCCUACUGCCAGUGCCUGAAGAAAUGAGAAUCACUUCCCAGCAAGGAGAUGAGGUCAUUGGGUGCAGAUGUGAUGCUGCCCAAUGCACAAAUGAGUGACUGAUCCUGAAGACCUUCAAAAUGCACUGGGCUGAAUUUUUAUGAUAACGGGGACUUUUGUAUUGUUCCCGACCAAUUGCAAACCUGACUCUAAGGCUUCAGGAUGCAAGCAUUUGAAGAGCAACAUCUUUCCAGCAGUGCACGGCCUCCUUUGAUUUCUUAAGUGCUGGACACAUUUGAAUGAUGUGUCAUUUACCUCAGGAAGAGGAAGUGGGAGCAACUAAACUACUAGUUUUAGGCUUUGGACUUUAAAAACCAACAAAGCCGCUCCCUCUGGUAGGAGCAGCACUUUGCAGGAACUCUCGGGGACAGCUGGCCGAACUCUGGAAGUCCCUGGGGCCGAACCCCCUUUGGUGGCCGCUGUAACUCUGAGAUCUAUGGUACCCGGAAAAGCGUGGGGAUACAGGACGCAGGCAGCAGCCAAUGACGGAGCAGGACGAGGCAUUUGUGGGCAUGCGUGGCGCGGGGGGGGGGUGGGAUUUCCGGCCUCUUCAUGGUGGACGAUUUUGGCCUCAGGUUUGUUUACCUUCAGAGGUUGGAGAGCCCACCUUUGGAUCUUGGUGACAAAGUGACACCGAACGAAGGAAGGCGCUGUCCUUUCGCACAGGCUGGGACCCUCGAGUGCCCGACACCGUCCGGGCAGCUCCGCGCUCGCUGGACCUACAGAGUCCCAUGGCGGCGGCCUCGACUAGGAACCCAGCUGAGGGUGGUGUGACCUUUGAGGACAUUGCCAUCUACUUCUCCUGGAAGGAAUGGAGACUUCUUGAUGAGGCUCAGAGACGGCUGUACUAUGACGUGAUGCUGGAGAACUUUACACUUAUAUCCUCCCUGGGUUGCUGCUGUGGAGCAGAGGAUGCGGAGGCACCCCUUGAACAGAGCGUUUCUGUAGGUGUGUCACAGGCCAGCACACCCAAGGCAGCUCUGUCUUCCCGGAAGACCCACCCCUGUGAGAUGUGUGGUCCGGUCUUGAGAGACGUUUUCCGCUUGGCUGAGCAGCAGGGAAAACCAAGCAGCCAGAAACUGUUGAGGUGUGGGGCAUGCACACAACGAUUUUACUUCAGCGUAAACUUUCAGCAGCAGCCGGAGCAGCACACGGGAGAGAAACCAUUCAGAAGUAGUGUGGACACGGCCUCUUUUAUGAAGGGAUAUGGAUUCCAUGAUUCAGGAAAGCCCUUUAUCUGUACAGAGGUUCAGAAAGACUUCCUGCCUGGCUUUGUGCGUCUGCAGCAGGACGCCAUUCAUACUGGAGAGAAGCCAAACACAAUCAGUCAGUGCAGGGCAACUUUGCAGAGCAGCAAAGGUCAUUACACUCGGGGAGAAUGCAAGGAAGCUUUUGGUCCCAAAUAUACACAUGUUCAGGAUCAGGGUGUCCAACCUGGAAGUCCAUGUUUUGUGUGCAGUGAAUGUGGGAAAACAUUCAGGCAAAAAUCUUUAUACACUAUCCACCAGACAUUCCAUACUGCACAAGGACAUCAUGAGUUUGGUGAAGGUGAAAAAUCCCUUAGACGAAGGUCAGCUCACAGUCUGUACGGAAAGACUCACACUGGGUCUAGGCAAUACACAUGCAACAAAUGUGGGAAAUCCAUAAGCCACAAAUCAGUACUUAUUCAUCCCCAGAGAUGGCAUAGUGGAGAAAGUAAUCAUGUUUGCAGUGGAUGUGCAAAAUCUUUUAGCCAUCACCAGAUGUUGAUUACACGUUCUGUUCAAACCUUAGAAAGGCCUUAUAAUUGUGGUGACUGUGCAAAACGUUUUACCUCUAUCUCUGCUCUCAGUUAUCAUCAGAGAUCUCACACAGGGGAAAGACCUUAUGAGUGCAGUGAAUGUGGGAAGUCUUUUAUCUCCAGUACUGGCUUCCGUUCUCACCAGAGUGUUCACACUGGAGAAAAGCCUUAUGAGUGCAGUGAAUGUGGUAAAUCAUUUUUCUCUAGGUCUGACCUCCAUUAUCAUCACAGAGUUCACACUGGGGAGAGGCCUUAUGAGUGCAGUGAAUGUGGCAAGUCCUUUCACCGAAGAAAUAACCUCAAUGUACACAUAAAGGUUCAUUCAAGUGAGAGGCCAUACGAAUGUAAUGAAUGUGGAAAAUCUUUGAAGUGUAAGUCUUCAUUCAUUCAACACCAAAGAAUUCACACAGGAGAAAGGCCUUAUGAGUGCAGUGAAUGUGGGAAAUCUUUUACCACUAGUUUUGUCCUUCGUUCUCACCAGAGAGUUCACACCGGAGAAAGGCCUUAUGAGUGUAGUGAAUGUGGGAAAUCCUUUACUGCUAGCUCUGUCCUCCAUAAUCACCAGAGGGUUCACACAGGAGAAAGGCCUUAUGAAUGCAGUGAAUGUGGGAAAACUUUUACCACUAGUUCUGUCCUCCGUUACCACCAGAGAGUUCAUACUGGAGAAAAGCCUUAUGAAUGCAGGGAAUGUGGCAAGUCCUUUCCCCGAAGAACUAACCUGAAUGUACACAUAAAGGUUCACUCAGGUGAAAGGCCUUAUGAGUGUAAUGAAUGUGGGAAAUCUUUUAAGUGUAAGUCCAAACUCAUUGAACACCAGAGAAUUCACACAGGAGAAAAGCCUUAUUUGUGUAGUAAAUGUGGGAAAUCUUUUAGUCGUAGCCACGCCCUCCAGUAUCAUCGACAAAGUCACCUUGGAAUAAGGCCUUAUGAGUGUAAUGAGUGUGGGAAAUCUUUUGCUUGUAGUUCUUCCCUCCGAUCUCACCAAAGAGUUCACACUGGAGCAAGACCUUAUGAGUGCAAUGAAUGUGGGAAAUCUUUUACAGCUAGUUCUGUCCUUCGUGCUCACCAGAGAGUUCAUACUGGAGAAAGACCGUAUGAGUGCAGUGAAUGUGGCAAGUCCUUUCUCCGAAGAAAUAGCCUCAAUGUACACAUAAAGGUUCACUCGGGUGAAAGGCCUUAUAAGUGUAAUGAAUGUGGGAAAUCUUUUAAGUGGAAGGCAACAUUCAUUCAACACCAGAGACUUCACACAGGAGAAAGGCCUUAUGAGUGCACUGUAUGUAGGAAAUCUUUUAUCAGUCAUCCUGCUCUUAGUUAUCAUCAAAGAGUUCACACUGGAGAAAGGCCUUAGGAGUGCUGUGAAUGUGGGCAGUCUUUCAGCCAAAGCUCCAGUCUCACUCAACAACGGAAGGUAUAGUAGAUGAAGCCCUUCUGAGUGAUCAAUUAUGAAUUGUUUAUGUUCACUAGAAGUUGUAUUUCUCUUCCUAUCCUCUAUUCAGGAUUAGCAGAUGAUGUCUUUGGGAGGUAAUUUGAAUCAGAAUGGGUCAUGAGUGUGGAUGGAGCCCUCAUGAAUGGGUUUAUUGUCUUCAUACCAGUUCUAAGAGAGCUUGCUUCCUCUGUGUACCAUGUGAGGACCCUUUUGAGAAGAUCAUCUAUAAAUCAGGAAGUUGCUCCUCACCAGACAUGGAACCGGACCCUAUAGGGAAUGUUAGGUUGGCUAUCCAGCCUCCAGAAAGAAGUUUCUGUUGUUUGCAAGUCACCUAGUUUGUGGUACUUUGUUAGAGCAGUCUGAGCUAAGACGUGAAGAAUGUGGGCAAUCUUUUGGCGAAGGAUACAGUUUCAUAAAAAUCAGAAAGUACCCUGGGUAAGGCCUCAUGAGUGAGGGGAAUGACACAAUUCCUUUUGCCAGUCCUCUGUCUUCAUUGCACACUCAGUUCACACUGCCAAAGGGCGUUAAGGUAGCAGAGCAGGUGGUAUUUCCUUGAGUAGUAUAAUCACAGUGGAGGAGUGCCUUUGUGAAGCAGCCACUUAGCUGGAACAAACCUUGUUCACUUGAAUGUCCGCAGUGGAGUGACUUACCCUAAGUUCCAGCUAUUUGGGAAAACUUGAGGAGCUGUGUUGUGCUUCCGAUGUGUCCGGAGUCAUUGCUAGAUUGAAGUCACUGCCAGUUUCUAUAACAAAUGACUCCACUUUGAUACCUGACAGGUCCCCUAAUGUGUAUCAGUCACCGCCUACAUGCUAAAGCAUGUUACCCCUGCGCAUUGUCAUUGGUGAUGGACAUUAUGGGUAAUUGGAACUUCACAUUCCCUUCUAAGUUAGGACAUGGAUGUGAUGCAGUGUUUAUCCACAGUACCUGAUCUGAGAUUUGGAUAGUGUCUUGCAGAUAAAGAGUAAAUGUCUUAGGAUAUUGUUGGUCUUGUGAUGCUUGUGAUAAAUCUAUGCAGCAUCCAAGUCGCAACACAGGUAUUUGCUGCCACAUGUUGCUCUGGUUUAUGCAUUAAUAAAUGCCUUUUUUGUUUAAUUACUUUAGUCUUAGGUGUUGUAUUCUAAUGGGUUAUUUGAAAGCAGAAUUAGGCUCUUCCAGCAGUAAGGAGUGAACAGAUUUCAUUGCAUCCCAAGCUUGCUGUGUCCUGGAGAGGAUAAUUGCAAAUAAAUAAUAUGUACGUGUGCACUCUCCAGCUUGGGUGUGAAUUUGCAUUAUGACCCACUACCUUUGUUAUGGGCUGAAUUGUGAAUCCAAAAUACCUAUGUUGAAGUUGUGGCCCCCAGUAUGUCAGAAUGGGACUAUAGUGAAACACAGGAUGUUUAAAGAUAUAAUGAAGUUGAAAUGAGGUUAUUAGGAUGGACUUUUAGUAUGACUGGUGUCCUUAUAAGAAGAGGAGCUGAGGAUAGAGGACCAGAAGAAUGACCAUUUGAAGACAGGGAAAUCCCCAUCUCCAAGCCAUCUCCAUCUCUCUCCAAGGACAGAGGCCUGAGAAGAAACUAACCCUGCUGAUUUAUGUCCAGUUUCUAGAUUCCAGAUUUGUGGGCAAGUAAAUUUCCGAUGUUAAAUCACCCAUGUGGUACAUUAUUAUGGCAGUUCUAGCUAAUACAGUCCCCUGUGUUCUAUAUCUGGAUUCUGUGGUCUGGAUGCCAGGAUUUUUCCUGUGCUCAGAGGGCACCCUGAAGAGGGAGCAUCUCCAGUGGUUAUGAAACCAUCUCCAGUGGUUGUGGAGACAACAUGAAUAUUUUGCUUGUCCACAGCUGAUACCACAUACUGCCAGGCACUGUUGAGUGGAAUAUCUACCCCAAAUGCUUCAAAGGAGCCAUGUGGCCUGAUGCACACUAUUCGUGUAUUACACCACAGGGGCAAGGGAACUGUAAUUGGUAAUCUAGAAGAUAGGGUAAUGAGGGAGUAGAGGAGACAUCAGCCACUUAGUGGAGUGUAUUUCUUACAAACAUGUAUCCACAGAUGUUCUAGUGACUGGCUGGGCAGGAUCAGUGUGCACAGAAAUUCUUCACUAUCAGACAUAUGUAUCCUGUGCAACAGAGCUCAUUGUAUCUGAAGUCUCAUAUCCUCUCUGGUGUUUACAUCUCAAGGCCAUUGUGUGCAAGAGGAAAAGGAUAGAGGACAAGGGUGGUUUCAAGUCCAGGGUGGUAGCUUUUUUGACACACCUAGCCAGCAUUGUUGUUGGUACCAGCUGUGCCUGUGGCAGAUCCUUGUUCUGAAACAUUCACCUCCCAAGUAGUCUCCCAGGUACUCCCCAGCCUCCUUGGCUAUAAAACCCUGUCUUCCGGAAUUGGUGGUGCAGGGACUGACUCCUCUUAUGGGUGCCAAAGUCACGCUUCUGUCCCUGAGUCUGUAAAUAAACCAUUUCUCCUCAAGCUGGACUUCUCAACCUUUUCCCUUGCUUAAGGUUUGGAGGUCAUUUUGCGUAUACGUCCCUUCCAGGCAAUACUACUAUUUUCUUCUCUGGAAGUAUACCACUAUUUACCCAUUCAUCUGUUUCGACCAUUUGGGUUACUUAGAGUUUUGGCGUUUGUAAACAAAGUGCUCUCUCAAAAUUUUCAUUACCGUUCUCUAUGUGGAUAGAGGUUUCCUUUCUCUUGUGGUAUGACUCAAAGCGCAAUGCCCGUAACAGGUAGGUUAGUGCUAAUAUUUUUAAGAAACUGCCAAAAUGUGAUCUAAACUUCAGUUCUGCAUUCCCACCAACAUGUACGAGAGUUCCAGUGCCUCCAGUCCCUGCCACUACUUGAUAGUGCCAGUCUGUAAUGUCAGCCCAUUUCAUAAGUGUGUAGUGCUGUUGCCAUUGCAUUUCCUAGGGGUGUUGAUUUUGAGUAUUUUUUCGUGUGUUUAUUUACCACCUGUCUAUCUCCUUUGGUACAAUUUCUGUUCAUAUCGUUUGCCCAUUAUCUUUCCGAUGAGUUAUGGCUAUUUCCAUUUUCAUUUACAAAUAAGAAACGCAUACAGCAAUGGCAUGUAUUCGAAUUUUCCUCAUUCUUAAAUGGUGUGACAUUUUGCUGUAUGGAGUCAUAGUAACGGUGUUAGGCUAUUUCUUCACUAUUUUCACUCAGCUGCUUUUGUGUCCUGCACACGUGACGGCCCAGAACACCAUACAUGUGUAAGUUUAGUGUGCAUUCUUACCAUUAUGUCUUCACUUUCUUACAUCCAGGCAUUCAGAAAUACAAAACUGCAGCCCUGCUUUGUAGUGCUUGCCAAUUUCCAAAGUGUAAAUUCUCCCAUCAUGAGAGCGGGAUAUGCUGGGAGAAGGCGCUGAAAAAUUCCACUUGGGUGUAUGGUGGAAGACUAAACUUUGGCGUGUGCGGGAGACUUUAUAAUCCCAGGCGGACAGGAGCUGGGGUGGGAGUGGAGGUGGGGGUGCUGUGAGCCAGCUGCAGGUCUGCACAAGCCUCAGGAGAAGAUGUUAAUCCUGAUUGGCCAGAGGGGAGGGACCUCCCUAAACACCCUGAUGGGUGAGUGAAAAUAUGGCUGGCCUCACCUUAGUGGUGACCAGGUUGUCAGGCAAACCCGCUGGGUUCAGAUUGCUUCCUCGGAUCCCACCCAGUACCUUGGAAGGAUUUCUCACCCUCUAGUGAUCACCUCCAUGUGAUGUAACUCUUUCUUUCUGUAAUAGUUGAGUGCAUUCCCCAAAGAUGAAUGCCUUUGGUGCAUCUCACCCUGAAUCUAGGUUGCCUUACCAGCCCUCCCACUCAGGGGAAGACUGCUGGCCGGGGCACUGCGGCCAUUUCUGGCUUCCCCCUCUCCAGGGAGGACUGGGAGCCAGUGGGGCAGGUAGAGGGUGACUCCCAGGAGAGGUCAGCAGCCUUAGUGUAGGAACCCGCUGAGACCUUUUUUCCUUGGACCCACACGUGAUGGUGGUGUCAUCUCAGAGCAUCAGCCAGGAAGGUGCCUGCAGGGAGAAAAAGUUGCUGGGUCACAGGUCAGGAGUGGCACAGGGACAGAGGAGACAAGGGACAGGGGAGGAAAAUGGCACCCCCCGGAGGUGACUUUGGAAGGACCUGCUGGGUUGAGUCCCCGUUUGUCCUGUGGAGUUCAAGGUCCCACUGUGGAUCCUUAAUGCAAUGCAUUGCCCUGAGCCGUGGCCAUUCUUGACCCAGGAGGUGCCUGAGGGACACAGCCCAGUCCACAGGUGAGUUCUUGAUUCCUUUCCACGUGCACAAUUGUGACCACUCUGGCAGCUCCUCAGGGGACAGGGUGUGACAUCUGGGCUAAACUCAUUGGAUUAGGUUGUCCAAGAUUAUGUUAAGGGAAAACACCUCAGGCGCAGGUUGGUCAACAAAUUAUGAGUUUGUUGUACUGUGGGGUACAGGGAUGUAAGAGCAUCAAGCCUGGGGGUCCCAAGUGGACUAGGUUUGGCUGCUCAGCGUUGACAAAAUCCCAAGGCAGAGAAAUGAGUGGGGGUGAAACAGGAAAGGAAUCUCUUUCAGGGAGGGGAACAUAGGGAACACAGUGGACUAAACUCUCAAAGACUGAUUCCAAAGUGGUGAAAACACUUCUAGGUUUAUAUAAGAAAAAUGUCAGCAAAGGUGGGUGGGUACAUGCAGGGAGGCAGUGAGUCAAGUAGAUCAUUGUCAUGGAGUCACUCAUGAGUGGGCCUUGCUGUUCAGGGCACUCUUUAUUGCUUGAAGGGGUCGUUUUGGUUCUCAUCUGGGAAUGCUUGCCAUCAGGGUCUUCCUUAGCCAAGAGACAAGCUCAAAGAACCCAAUGAGAAAGUUUGGGGUCAAAACGGGGGCAGCUGAGUUCCUCUUUCAGUACUAAAAAAACAGGAUGUAUGGGAAAUCUACCUUGGGCCCUCCAGCCAACCUAGUUAUUGUGAAAAUUUAACAAACACCUUUAGCCCACAUGAUUGAUUAAGCUUUUUCUGUGUAUCUAAAGAUCCGGCGUUGUCUCAUGGAAAGAACUUAGCAUGUCUGCAUGUCACAAAACAAACCUGACCCCUAGCAUUAAGUCAUCAGACCCCCUUCACAACCUUCCAGCACUGUGAAAACAUCUAUAGCUGCGACUAUUGAGUCUGCAUGCAGUCAAGAAACUUAUGGACCACUGUACUCCCUUUACCGGUUAACGUCUCUAAACUCCAUUAAAAACCCCUGGGCUACACACAGACCUUGGAUUUGGCCUUUGUAUAACAGCCCCACCUUCCUCAGGUGAUCACCCUCUUGAAUAAAGCUCAUAUUCCUUUCCAUGGAA